CGAGCCGGAGGAGCAGCGCGCGAACGAAAGGCAAGCGCUCUCUCACUCUCUCUUUUUUCGGGGGGCUUCUUUCCUGGAAUCCGGGCAGAAGGAGGGAAGAGGGGGAUUACAUUCAAGCCUCCCUCGCCCCUGCUGACAAAGAAUAGACGAGUGACAGAGAGAGAGAGAGAGAGAGAGAGAGAGAGGAGAAGAGGAGGAGGAGGAGGAGGAAGGAGGAGGACACACUGACAGGGACUGUUGUUGCUGCUUUUCACUGAGGACUCUGGGAACCUUGGAAGAGGAGGAUAGAGAGAAAGAAGCAGAGAGAGAGAGAGGAGACACACACACACACACACACACACUCCCACAUCAGAGGAUCAUGGUGCUUCUUGUGAAGAAGAGUGGCGGUGUGUGCCCGAGUGUGUGUGCCACCUUCGCGGAGCGCGUGUGAGCCAACCAAACAACGAGAACGCCGGCGGACGCGAUGCCAUGUCAGGACUGAGCUGCCCACAGGAGCGCCACUGAAGACAUGGCCCAGGCUAAAGGGCGGAGAGAUGGUAUUUCAUCGGCCAAUGAGAGGGCGCGGCCGCUGUCGGGGGAGGGUGUGGUCUGCCCGGGCCCCAGGACGGUGGUCCUGCAGAAGAACUCGCAAGGCUUCGGCUUCACGCUGCGCCACUUCAUCGUCUACCCGCCCGAAUCGGCGCUCCACACCACCCUCAAGGAUGAGGAGAAUGGCAAUGGAAAAGGGAGCCAACGGAACCGUCUGGAGCCGAUGGACACGAUCUUUGUGAAGAGUGUGAGAGACAAGGGGCCAGCACACCAGGCUGGGCUCUGCACAGGCGACAGACUGGUGAAAGUGAAUGGCGAGAGUGUUCUGGGGAAGACGUACUCUCAGGUGAUAGCACUCAUCCAGAACAGUGAGAGUGUGCUGGAGCUGUCCAUCAUGCCCAAAAAUGAGGAUGUGUUGCAGUUGGUAAGUGCGUACUCUGACGACGCCUACCUGAAGGGGAACGACCCCUACACGGGGGGCGCCGAGAACCUUCCGGAACCCCCGCCGGUCUGCUACCCGGGACGCAAGUCCUCGUCGGCGGGCCUUCAGCCGGGCCAGCAGCCCCCCAACCACGUCCCGCAGGCGGGUCAGAACCACGGCCCGGCGGACAACCUCAACUGCCGCUCCGCCACCACAACCGCCGCCGUUGGCACUGCUGCCAACGCGCUGGGCUCGCCCCUGGACAACCGCACGGGCGCGUCGGGCGGGUCAGAGUGCGAGGACGUGCGGCACCAGCUCCAGGGUCCGCCGCCGCGGGCGCGCUCGUCCUCGUCGGCGGGGCUGGCCGUCUCGCCGCUGGACUUCCACUUCGCCAACCACAACGCCGCCAUCGCCCAGGCCUCGGCCUCGGCCUCGCUGCUGCCGCCGGCCAAGCGCAAGGGCAGCCUGCCGGGCGCGCGCAGCGACGUGUGCCACCGCGCCCUCUCCGACUGGUACUACAGCCAGGCGGCCGUCGUCGCCAUGCCCGGCGAACAGCAGCAGCGGGGCCCCCCGGGGACGAUGCCCACCAUGUCGCCGCGCCACCGCAGCAUCUCGCAGGACCGGCUGGCCGAGCUCGGCCUGGCGCUCGGCAACCACCACGGCCUCCAGCAUCAGCACCACCGGUCGGCGGCCGGCGGAGGAGGGUCAGGGUUCGGUGGUCAGUGGCCGCACAGCGCCUCCCAGGACACUCUACUGUUGCAUUAUGGGGCGGCGCUGGGCGGCGGACGAGGCUCGGGCGGCGGCGGCGGCGGUGGCGGUCAGCACGGCGGUCAGGACUCGUUCUGGUUGGGCGGCUGGGGCGCGUCGGGCCCGGCGAGCCGCUCGUGCUCGGAGAACCUGCUGGCGGCGUACGAGGCGUACGAGCACACGUACGAGCGCUCGCGCGAGACCCUGGAGCAGGCGUCCGCCCUCGUCUCGCCCUCGUCUCGCUACGAGCGCCCCCCCCCCGCCUGGCCCCCGCACCUCCACCUGCACCAGCACCAGCACCAGCACCAGCACCACGGCCAGCCAAUCAGGCCCGGCGACAGGACCGGCCAAUCGGCCAAUCACAGGACGGCCAUCGCCGCCACGGUCCCGCCUCCGGGCCGAACCGGCCAAUCGUACCACCACCACCACCACCAACAGCAGCAACACCAACAGCAGCACCAGCAGCAGCAGAUGGUGCCCCAAGCGCAGGCCAGGCGUCUCCCGGCCGGACAGACGGUGCACGACCAGACGGUGGGCUACCGCAGCUACAGCCCGUCGUUCUGCCGCAAGGCCGGCCACCUCAUGCAGCAGUCGCACUCCUUCCGCGACCCCUCCUACACGGGGCCGCACCUCAGCUGGACGCCCACGCCCAAGACCAGCCCGCCGGACGCCUCGGCCGAGCCCUCGUCCGCCUCCACGCCCCCGUCGUCGCCGCCGACCACCGCCGACUCGCACGAGUCCUCCUCCGCCGCCCGCAGGAGCUCGGGCAGCUCGGGCCAGACGACGACGGACGAGGCGGCGGCGGUGGUGUCGUCCGCCACGACGCUGUCGCUCUCGCCGUUGCCCGGGCCGCAGGUGGCAUCGCCGACGCCGUUGGCGCUGACCCAGGAGGUGGUGCUGCGGCAGAAGCCGCCGGCCGGCCGACGGAACGCCCAGGCCAUGCGGCACACGCACUACGCCCUGCCCGUGGACGCCUCGCACCACGCCCUGGCGCCGGGCCGGGCCGAACCUCAGCGCCGACCCAACGGGAGCUUGGCGAGCCAGCCUACGGAGCCGGACUCCCUGGCAUCCAUACCCUUCAUAGACGAGCCCACCAGUCCCAGUGUUGACCUGUGUGCCCGGCACGUGCCCGCAUCCUCCGUGGUGUCCAGCGGCCUGCGCCCCGCACCGGUGCCCACCACCACCUCCGUACCCGCGUCCGCGCCCGUACCCGCGCCCACGCCUGCCCCCACCACCGCCACCGCCACCGCCACCAUCACCAGCCCCCUCGUUCCCCCUCUCCCCUCCCCCCUCGCCAAGCUCUUCUCCUCCGAAUGCAGCAAUGCCAAGAACAGCCGGCGCUCCUCCUACCUGUUGGCCAUCACCACGGAGCGCUCCAAGUCAUGUGACGAGGGACUCAACACCUUCAGGGAGGAGAGUCGCGUCUUCUCCCGACUACCCAAGAGAGUCAAGAGCUUCUUCACCGAUGGGUCUCUGGAGAGCCUGCGGGCGGCGGAGGAGGCUCGCUCCAAACGGCACUCCACGUCGGAGCUGGGCAGCAUCACGCUGACGGACGUGCGCAAGGAGGGCUGGCUCCACUACAAGCAGAUCCUGACCGAGAAGGGCAAGAAAGUGGGCGGCGGCAUGCGUCCGUGGAAACGCGUCUUCUCCGUGCUGCGCACCCAUUCGCUCUUCCUCUACAAGGACAAGCGGGAGGCGGUCCUUCACGGCGCCGGGGCCGGAGGCCACGGGCCCGCCCACGGCGAGGACGAGCAGCCAAUCAGCAUCCGCGGCUGCCUGAUUGACAUCGCCUACAGCGAGACGAAGCGCAAGCACACGCUGCGGCUGACCACGCAGGACUUCUGCGAGUACCUGCUGCAGGCCGAGGACCGCGAGGACAUGCUGGGCUGGAUCAGGGUCAUCCGCGAGAACAGCAAGACCGACAGCGAGGAUUUGGGUUUCUCUCGUCAAGCCCUCAUCAAUAAGAAACUCAACGACUACAGGAAACAGAGUCCGACGGGCAACAAGCCGGACACCUCGCCUCGGGUCCAUCGUAUGAUGCCCCCCUUCCUGUUGCCCAAGACGGACAACACUUCUGGGACCAAUCGCUCCCCCAAAACAGACGGCAAAGACGAGAGCAGCCCCCCUAAGACCCCCUGGGGCAUCAACAUCAUGAAGAAGGGCAAGAAGACGGGCCCCAAGGCCUUUGGGGUGCGGCUGGAGGACUGCCAGCCCGGGGUUCACAAUAAGUUCGUGCCCCUGAUCGUGGAGGUGUGCUGUAGCCUGGUGGAGUCCAUGGGCCUGGACUACACGGGCAUCUACAGGGUGCCCGGCAACAACGCCAUGGUGUCCGCCCUGCAGGAGCAGCUCAACAAGGGCAUGGAGAUCAACACCACGGAGGAGAAAUGGCAGGACCUGAACGUCAUCAGCAGCCUUCUCAAGUCCUUCUUCAGGAAGCUUCCGGAACCUCUGUUCACCGACGAUAAGUACAAUGACUUCAUCGACGCCAACCGGUUGGAGGAGGCCGGAGACCGCCUGAAGACCUUGCGCAAGCUGACUCAAGACUUGCCUGAUCAUUACUUCCACACCCUGAAGUUUCUGGUUGGUCACUUGAAGACAGUGGCGGAUAACUCAGAGAAGAACAAGAUGGAGCCGAGGAACUUGGCGCUGGUGUUCGGGCCCACGCUCGUCCGCACGUCUGAGGACAACAUGACGGACAUGGUCACGCACAUGCCUGACCGCUACAAGAUCAUCGAGACUCUCGUCGUGCACCAUGCCUGGUUCUUCAGUGAUGAUCUAGACAAGGAUGAAAAGACUCCCGAGGACCAAAGGGACCUGCAGCCGAUCCCCAACAUUGACCACCUCCUCCCCAACAUAGGCAGGACCAUACCCCUCUGUGACGCCUCAGAUUCCACCAACAGUGACUCAGUUAAAUCCAAGGAUUCCCCAGCUUCCAAGAAGGACCUGAGUGCUAAGGACUUCCUUCCCCUGUCAAUCAUCUCCGCCGUCACCCGGAAACGCAAGAAGCACCAAAGCGCCUGUCCCCCUGGCAACAGCACCGACGAGGACUCGGAGCACGAGCCGGUCAAAGCCAGCAACUACGGGGGGAAGAAGAGCGGGGCUGAGGAGGAGGAGGAGGAAGAUGAUGGCAAUGAGGAUGAGGAGGGUGAGGAGGAAGAGGAGGAGGAGGAGGAGGAGGAGGACAGGAAGGGAGGAUGUGCCAUUGUGGGAUCAGAGAGACAAAAGGAUGAAGAAGGGAUAGAGAGAGCGAGAGAGAAGACAGAGGGACAGCAAGGUUCUCAAAGAGGAGGAGGAGGAGGAAAGGAGGAGGAGGAGGAGGGAGAGAGGAAGAGGAAUCAGAGUGUCGGUCGAGAGGAGAGGAAGGGUGGUCCGGUCAGGGCUACCGCAGCCUGGCAAGGGGACGGCAACUACUGCGCCAUGACGCCAGGCGGGCAGGUCAGCAGCUCCAAGGAGGACGGGGAGAGGCGCCAGGGCGGGCAGGCCGUGCCCCAAACACGCCAUCCCGCGCCACGCAGCUUCCUCUACACACACGCCGCGCGCAACUCGCCCAAAUCCCCCCCGCCGCCGCUUCCGCUGUCCCCCUCGCUCGUCUCGCCGCCGAUGUCUCCGCGACACCCUUCCUCCUCCUCCUUCUCCUCCUCGCUGCUCUCCUCGCCCUCGGCGUCCCUGUCGCCCACCUCCCCCGCGGGCCCCUUCGGCGGGGGCGGCGACCCCCUGACCCGGAAGAAGUUGCGUCGGGGCGAGCGGGUGCGGCCCCACUCCAUGUACUCGGAGUCGCGCAGCCGCGCGGGAUCGGCCGACGACGACGACCACCACCACCAGGGCGGCGGUGGUGUCGCCGGGGGUUACCCCUCCACCUCGACCGCCUCGCCGACGUCUCCCGUCGCGCCCGGCUUCGCUCGCCCGCCGGAGAGCCCUCACGCCACCUCGCCCACGGUUGGCUCCCCGCCGCCGUGCCACCCAGCCGACUGGACAGAGCCGAGCGCGUCGGUGCCCGCGGGGCAGGUGUGGAGGCCGGGCCGCGGCGCCAUCUCCCCAGAGACCCGGCGCAGGCGACGAGACUGGCGCCGCCACACGGUGGUGGUCAGCCUGUCCGGGGAGGGUUGAUGACGACGUCGAGGGACGGUGACGGUGACGAGCGCCAAGACACUCCUCCACCACCCCCUCCAUCGCCAACAACACCACCCCCCAACCGCCACGCUACCAGCCGCAGCGUGCCAUCUUAGUGCCAAGCGCAGAGUCGGAGCCCGAGCCGACCCUUAUGCAACCCCCAGCCCCUGAGCGACCAGCGGGCAUCGCCUCUCCCUGCUGCCCCUCGGUCUCAGGAAGCGGGUGGCUUCAGUGGCAGCUACAUGAUCUCACGCCAAAGUCAAAAGAGAGCCACCACCAGAAUCCAUUUUGUUACCCCCCCCCCCCCCGACAAGAAAAACAGAAAGCAUAUCAGAAGUGACUUUGUUUUCUUACCUGAGUACUCUGAUCAGAGUCAGGAUAAAAGGGGAUUGAGGUUGUCUAUAGGGAAACACUACGUGCUAUAUAACUACGACAGGACAAGGACAGUGACAGUGGUUUAAUAAUGGUUAACAGUGGCUGACCAGUGUUUCUGCCAACAGUGUUGUAGUUUUGAACAGGGGCUGUAUUGAGAGAAGCAGCCCUUCACCCCCAUACCCAAAGAGGUUCCAGAAUGCCACCCAACCCCCCCUACCUAUACACUAUGAACACACACAAAACACACGCACACACACACACACACACACAGAUGGAUAUUUACAUUUUCAGAACUCAGAAUCAGCUGGGUUUCAAAUAUUGACCUGGAAGUGAAACAGGCCUCGUUGCCAUGUCAACCCUAAUCUCCCUUUAAUGACUUACAAUGUUUGCCCUGUUUGUCUGUGUAGCAUCUGUCUUUGUCCUCUGUGCAUGUACAUAUGUGAGUGAUUAUGUGUGGACCAAUUUUUUGUAACAAUUGUACAAAAGCCUUGCUAAGUUAACCCACCCUGUGUACAUAUGAUACAUAUAAUAUAUUAUAUUAUUUGUUUUUGAGUAUUUUUAAUGGUUUGGAGAUUAAUGGGCUAUGACCUGC